GAUCUCACUGAUUUCACUAGACACGAAGGACACGAACACCUAUCUUGAGACGACCCACCGCGUUCCACCCAGGUUCCACCGCUAAUAUAAUAUCAAUAUUAAUAUAGCGUGGGCUGAAUCAGAAGUCAACCGUCGUCCGUCAGUGGUGCAACAGUGUGAUUUUUUUUCGGGUUUUAGCUUCAUACCCAAGGCUUUGAAGAGAGAUCAAAAUGGAGUAUGAAACAAUUCGCUUUCUGAGCUGGAUCAGCUUCCGCAUAGUUGGAGCUCUAUUAUUUUACUAUGUUUUUAGUGCUCUGGAUAUAUUCUGUGGAUCUCUAGCCAUAAUUUUAGCUGUCUUUCCAACAGUCAUUAUCUAUUAUCAUAUUCCACCACCACCAAAAACCAAUGUCCAAAAGGUGUUUGCCAAACUUGACAAGAUUACGGUUGGAGCCCAUCGUGCUGGAUGUCUCGACGCCCCAGAGAAUAGCUUGGCUGCACUGUAUAAGGCAACUGAGCUGGGAUGCAAGUUGAUUGAGUUUGAUCUCAGCUUCACUGCAGAUGAUCAUGCUGUCGUGUUCCAUGACUACACAGUGGAUCGCAUCUCUGACGGCAGCGGGGUCCUGGAAGAAAUGAGCUGGGCAGAUGUGAAGAAGCUUGACAUCAAUGCUAAAGAUCCCAAAAGGUCUCAGUUCCCGGUGACCAGGGUUGCGCUGCUUAGUGAGAUGGUCGAAGAAUGCCUGAGACUGGACGUGCUGUUUAUCAUCGAUAUCAAGUGCUAUGACAUCAGGGCUGUGUCUGCCGUUCUGGCUCUAUACGAGAAGUUCCCCAAGAUGUAUGAAAUGGCCCUGAUCUCUUCGUUCAACCCGCAGGUCGUCUAUGAGAUCCGGCGCCGACAGCCACAGGUGGUGGCCUGCCUGGCGUGGCGGCCCUACAUCGCACGUACGCCUCCUACUCUAGCGCCAGGGGCCCAGCCAGCGGCGCUUCGACAACCGCUCCGGCACCUCGGAGGUGGGUCCACCCGUGCCGCUCCGACACGAGAGUCAAUCCGUGCCGCUCCGACACGUGGUACGGGGGUCAACCGUGCCGCUCCGAACGGGACACGGGGGUCAUCUGUGCCG